AUGAACACUUCUCACUUCUUGGCCUUGCUGUUCCUAGGAUCCCCACAGGGUCAAAACAGGAGCAAGUCAGCUUCACUGCACACUCCAUACAACUUCUCUGACCACUGCCAGGAUUCCGUAGACCCCAUGGUCUUCAUUGUCACCUCCUACAGCAUCGAGACCAUCGUGGGGGUCCUGGGCAACCUCUGCCUGGUAUGUGUGACUAUUAGGCAGAAGGAGAAGGCCAAUGUGACCAACCUGCUCAUUGCCAACCUGGCCUUCUCUGACUUCCUCAUGUGCCUCAUCUGCCAGCCACUCACGGCUAUCUACACCAUCAUGGACUACUGGGUCUUUGGCGAGGUCCUUUGCAAGAUAUCCACCUUUAUCCAGUGUAUGUCAGUGACAGUCUCCAUCCUCUCCCUUGUCCUUGUGGCUCUGGAGAGGCAUCAGCUCAUCAUCAAUCCAACAGGCUGGAAACCCAGUGUCACCCAGGCCUACCUGGGGAUUGUGGUCAUCUGGCUCAUUGCUUGCUUCCUCUCCCUGCCAUUCCUGGCCAACAGCAUCCUAGAGAAUGUCUUUCAUAAGAAUCACUCCAAGGCCGUGGAGUUUCUGGCAGAUAAAGUGGUCUGUACUGAGUCCUGGCCGCUGGACCAUCACCGCAUCAUCUACACCACCGUCCUAUUGCUCUUCCAGUAUUGCAUUCCACUGGCCUUCAUCCUGGUCUGCUAUGUCCGCAUCUACCAGCGCCUGAGGAAUCAGGGGCGGGUAUUCCGCAAGGGCACCUGUAGCUCGCGGGCUUGGCGGGUGCAGCGGAUCAACGGGACCCUUGUGGCGAUGGUGGCCGCCUUUGCUGCGCUUUGGCUGCCCCUGCAUGUGUUCAAUAGCCUGGAGGACUGGUACCAGGAGGCCAUCCCCAUUUGUCACGGCAACCUCAUCUUUUUGGUGUGCCACCUGCUUGCCAUGGCCUCCACCUGUGUCAACCCUUUCAUCUACGGUUUUCUCAACACCAACUUCAAGAAGGAGAUCAAGGCCCUGGUGCUGACUUGCCAGCAGAGCGUCCCUGUGGAAGAGUCUGAGCAUCUGCCUCUAUCCACAGUGCACACGGAAGUCUCCAAAGGGUCUCUGAGGCUCAGUGGCAGGUCCAAGCCAAUUUAG